AUGGAAUCGGCCCUAGCACCUGCAGGAGAUCGCCGUUUCCCUGGAAGAACGACAACGAGUGAAAUUCCAACGGUAUCUCUGCCACCAAUGCCUAUCCCGAAGUCCGAUGGCAAGCUAUGGGAGUGGGAAACGUUUUGGACGGCAUUCAAUCACUCAGUGCAUUCGAUGGAAAUAGACGACUUGUAUAAGAUGAACUACCUCCUUGACGCUCUCAAAGGCGAAGCACGAGCUUGUGUGAAGCAGUACGAAAUUUCACGGAAUACGUAUGCUACAGUCAUCGCACAUUUACAAGAAAAAUAG